AUGAGUCCAACACCAACGCCUACAAUCUCACAUUCAAUGUGUCAUUUUAUAUCACAUUUGAUUCAAGAGAUGUCGUUGAGAGCAUCGUCGAUCAAAUUUCCAUCGGUGAGUUUUUGGGGUACUGUAGGUAGUUGAUUCUCAAAACAUUGCUGAUGUUUUCUAUAAAUACAUUCUCCUCAAAAAAAUGUUCUGUGGUCAUCUGGCGCCCAAGAAAAUACUGACCUUUUGUUGUCGAAUAUCACCCAAGUUAUGACUUUAUUUUUAACGCCAAAAAUCAGUCUGGAGGAAUUUGCACGUUAAAGAUUAAAACUUGUUUUGGGAAUUUUGUUUGGGUGUUUUUUGGUGUCAUUUUUUUGUGAAUAUUUUUUUGCUUUUUUUCCCAGAUAUUUUAUGCGGUCGGUCAUUUCGUGAUGUUAACUAAUUUUAAGAUCGGAAGAUCAUAAUUUUUACAUGAGAUCUUUAACUCUGAACUUCAAAGAAUAAUUCACGAAAACUAAUCGCCUAACUCGAUUUCAAAUCAAUAAGAGUCAGAACUGAGUUUUUCAGAACAAUAUAGAUUUUGGCUAUAUUUUUGCAAAUGUUGAAAGGGCGCGCAAAUAUAUGAUUUUUUAAAUAAAAUAUGUUCUCUAGUUUCUUGAAAUUUAGAAAAUAGAAAAAAGCAUUAGUUGGAAAAUGAUAAAUUGAAAAAAAAAUUAGACAACAUUUGUGAUAUUGAACAUUCAACUUUAUUGUUAGAACAUAGAACAGAAGAAUUAUAGAUUUUAUUAGUUGAAUAUUCAAUUCACUUAUUGUAGAAAAAAAAAAUGUUUAUACAUCAAAAAGUUAUACUAUUUUUUAGUCAGAAAUUUUUAAAGUGGAUUUCGAAUCAAAGUGAAUCACAUAAAUAAUCUGACGUCAAAAUUCUCCUCCAAAAAAUCCAACAAAAACUCUAAUAAGUACACAUAGACACAAAACCGCGUCGUUGUCCCUCCUUUAAUGAGUUCUUCUAAUCCUCAAAACCAAAAAAUCUGGCUUCAUUUUUCUCAAAAACUUUGUUUCUAACGCGAUUUCUCUGCCUAGUUUCUAUUUCAAAAAUUUGGUGUUAUUAUUAUUGUUGUUGUUUUCUUUUUUUCGUUUUUUUUUCUGUUCUUGGAUGCUACUAACAAAUGAAUGAGGAGCACAAAUGUUGAAAGCUCAAAAAACUAUUUUCUCGUUUUUUUCUCUUAUUACUACUGAACUUGCCAAAACAGAACAUAAGGAACUGAAAUUUUCCCUAUUCACAGACUUUUUUCGUUUUAAAUUUCCUUAUUGGCAGUGGAGCUGCUAAAAAUAAAUAAAUAAAAUAAAAUAAUGAAUGUUUUCAAGGAUCAGAUAAGGAAUAUAGGUGUGACACGCGAAUUUUUUAAAACUAAUUAGAAAUUCGUUAACAUGCUAUUUAUUCAUACACUUUUAUAUGUUUCUAUUUUGAUUUUGUUAUAUUUUUUCGAUAAUUUUAUCAUCUGAAUUGGAAAUAAAAACACAAUUCUUCUUAUUAAUUUUCGAGAAACAACGAAAAAAUUAAAAAUUGUUGUCAAAAAUCUAUAACGUAGCAAAGUAAUAUUUGAAUACUGUAAUUUAUUCUGUGAACACAUUUUCAAUUUUAGUCAUCAUAGCUUUUCUCGAUCCGUCAAGCAACCGAAAAAGUUAAAACAUUUUGGAGAGUCAUGUGUUUUACCAAAAUUUUGCUACGUCAUGACAUUUCUCGCCACUCUAGAAUCUUUGUUUUAAAUUCCGAAAGUUAUGUACAACUAAAGGUACAAUCCCGUGAAGAUCUAAAUAACACCACCUCCAUCCAAAUCCAUAUUUUCAUUGGAAAAUUAUUUGAAAAGUACAAAUUGGUUGGUGUCUAGAAAUCCGUAUAGAUUAUUCACACACGAAAUAUUAUAUACCGGGAUUAUAAUCACAACACAUGGAUAGAUAGAUACAACAAAUACUCCUUGCUCUAAUCUCCUUUUUGCCAUUAUCGAUAUUUUUGCUUCUUCUUCUUUUUUUUGAAUAUACAUACUUUCCUGAUAAUCCGCCAUCAUUGUUAGUUUGGUUCAUUUUUUACUCUCUCCAUCCUUACAUUUUUUUCUUAUAAGUGCAAUUUACCAUGUAAUUAUUUCUGAUACUGAAAAUCUCAACUCCCCAAAAAGUCUGAAAAUUCACACACGAAGAAAAAAGUUAAACUUAUGUACAUAUCAAUUAAUUCACAAACGUUCCACUUUACUUUUAAUAUAUUUAUAUAUGAAAAUGAGAUGAGAUGAUUUUUGAGUCUGAUUCUGAUUCUGAAAUUGGAGAAGAAAUUGAUCUUGAUUUCGAAUGGGUGAGUUGAGAAAUGGAGAUUUUUCUCACGAUUUUUCGAGAGGUUUGCAGAAACAAAAGUUCAAAGAUAUUUUGGUGUCUCGUUUUUUUUUUGUUUUUUUUUGGAAGUUGUGAAAUUCUAGAAUAUUAGAACAUUGUUUUUGAAAAAAUGUGUGUAAAUUAAAUAAAUUACUCUAGGUUUUAGAAUGAGUGAUUAUUCACAAUAUGUUUUUAGAAUAUCAAAAAAUAAAGGAAAAGUUAUGGUAACAUUUUUUUAUCUUAUCCUGAGUCUGAUUCUGAAGAAUAGUGAGUAGUUUCUAAAACAUAUUUUUAAUGAUAAAACCUUCUUCAUCAUUUGUCGACUAAUGAUAUGUUGUUUUAGAUCAGACAAUUGUAAUUUUAUGAACAGUUUCUCGAUGAACAACAUUUCAUACAAAAGUGAAAAAACUGUUUUUCCAAUUUUAAUUAGAAAAACUGUGACCAAUUGAACAUUCCCUUUGUGGAAUGUUAGUUCAAAAAUUCUUCUGUUUUUUUCAGCCCAUUUUUUAAAAGAAAAAACAAUAUUCUGAAUUUUUCAGAAAACAUAUUAUUUUUAAUUAUCUUAUUUUUUCUACAUAUAAUCUCCACUUUCCUUGCUUUGUUUUCAGGAAAAUCAUUCAGAUCAGUGUGAUGUAAAAAAAUAUUUUAAAAAAUCUUUUUUUUUUCGAAUUUGAUGUUCCUUUAUAAAAAUCCUUUUAUGCAUAUGUUGUCAACAAAAUUUAAUUCAAUUAAAAAUUAUGAAUUUAAUUCUUAUUUCCAUCUUACAGUGUAUAAUUUGUCAUAAUUUUUUUUUGUUUCCAAAUGGUUCUUCUCCAGUUUAACUCAAAAAAUUUCCUUAAGUCCAAAAAAUGCAAUUCAAAUUAUAUUUGUCAGAUUUUCAAUUUAUUCCAGAAAUCAAUUUUCGAGAAUUUUGGAAAAAAUCUCCUCAUUCACCCAAUUUCAGAAAAUACACUUAACUGUAACUUUCCAGAUAUUUACUUCAAAUUUCAACAUUUCAAUUUUUAUUUUCAAACAAAAAAUCGUCCUCAUCUCAAAUGAAUGAAGUCAACCAGUAUUAGUCAUCUUAUAAUCCGCGUCUUUACGGAUUUCUUUAUAAAUAACUAUACAUAUACUUUGAGGAUUGUCUCUGGAAAUCCCUGUUCUGGAAAAAUACGUAUAUUUUUCUAAAAUAUUGUCAGAAAAAAGUUUGAUCUCCGAUCAUUUAUUGACCAAUUGUUGUGUUUUUCUCAACAAAUUUAUUAUAUAUCCAAUAGUUACUUUAUAUAUUUUUUCUUUUUUAUUUAAAAAAAAGAACGCGGGAAAAAGUUGACAGCUUUUUUUUCAAAUAUUUGUUUUAUCAAAAUUUGCAACAAUUUUUACAGGUGGAUUCGAUGCCAACAUCUCGCGAUUCGUCGAUGGAAACAUCCGAUAGGUAAGAUUCUCCGAAAUUAGUAGUUCUCAAUUUUUGCUGCGUUGAAUUUGGUUUUUAGAAAUAAUUCCGAAUAAUUGUGAAUUUUUAGAAAUCGAAUUUCCUGAAUAAUAUUUUUGAGCCAAAUUUGGACGUCAAAAUUUUUUCACAUUAAUUGAUUUUUCAGAGGCUGUAAGAAAAAAUUCGUAGCAGUUUGCCUUUUAUUUUUCUAGUUUGAAAAUGUUAGUUUUCGGAAAAACCUGAUAAUUUUGAAACACUUUAUUGACCUUUCAUAUUUUAUUCUCUAAUUUUUGUGAAUUUUUGAUUUUCCUGAAACAAAAAAAGAAAUUUGAAAACUUUACAGAUAUUCAGAAUUUUCACGUCGUUUGAAUCUGCGCAUUUUUUCAAUAUUUUAAAUUCGAUCAUUUUUUUUGAAAACUCUUCCUUGUUCAAGAGGAAAAGAAAUUUGAUACAAAAGGCAAAAUGAACUUUCCCAAAUCUAAAAGCCACGAAAUUGAAGAAAAAAAGAUCACAUGAAUUAUCAUUUUCCGGUAGAUGAAUCUUUUAGCGUCAAAAAAAGUGGGGUGGCAGAGUCGAAAGUAUAUAUCUUGCCUCUCGCACUAAUUCACGUUUUCCUGUUUGAUAUAGCCGUUGACGACAACGCCCCACUUUUUUUUCGAAAAUGAGACAUAUGUGCAUGAAAAAAUAAUAUUCAUUUAUAUAUAUAUAAUAAAAAAAUAAUCGAAUUUUGUUGCGACUAGAAUUGUUUUAAUCGAAACACAUAGCCUGACUAUUGCGCUUUUUGUGUGUGUGUGUAUAAACCUAAAAUGGAGAAAAAUAUAACACAUGAAUACAGGUACCCAUUUGGGUACACCAAUGAAUUGGCACGGACGGAACCAUCGGCAUCGACGGCAAAGCGAUUGAGGCAAAGAUUACAACGACAACAAAGUGGGCAAUCUGGUGAGUGUGGGGGAAUUUUAAGUUUAUCAAUGUUCAAUGAGAUUUUGAAUUCUUGGGGAUUCGGUUCAGAAAGUGUUAAGUUUCAGAGAGAAACACCGGGAUAUUUACAAAAUAUAUAUUGAUAUACAGGAUUCAUAGAAUUUAAUUUUACUAAAACUAUAGAGCUGGUGAAUAAUUUAGUUUAAAAACUUUCUUUCAAAUCCACUGUACCUAACUGUAAGUGGUGUGUCAAAGUUCAAAAUAAAACUCAUUACAAAUGAAAAUCCAAAAAUAUACACAUCAAUUCUACUGUACCUUGUCAGAUUUUCAAUUUAUUUCACAAUUUUUUUCAUUUUCAAUUUCAGUGAAAACCGCUUUUUUAUUCUUUUGAUUUAUUGAACAUUUCAAGAUGCUCACAUUGAAUGUUAAUAUUCAAUUUCAUUUUCGUGUUUCAAAUUUUUCGAGUGAAUCAUUUUUGCAUGUUCCUUUCUCUAACUAAUUGAAACUUCAAAAUGUUUUUAAAAAAUCAAAUAUUGAAUCUCAAAGAUUAAAUUAUCUAAUAGUAUUAAUCUGAAAAUUUCAAUAUCAAUAUUUGUGCAAAAAAAAAAAUCCAAUUAUUAUCCCACCCUGAAAUUCUUUUCAAUCAAAAUUUCUCGAAAAUGUUCUGAUUCGCCAAAAAAAACUCAAAAAACUUUGCAAACCUUGCAAUUUCAGAUUAUUUUCUAACAAUUUUUUUUCCAAAAACAAACUAAAACUUUUCUCUCACGAAUAAAAGCUAUGAUCUCACAAUCAAAUCUCAAGAAGAAGAAAAAAGUGCAUAACAAAUCAAGCGUGCACUUUUUUUUUCUGUUUUUCACCGAAAAGACUUUCUAACACAAGAAAUAAUACUGCUAGAGAAAGCACUUGUCCUAAAAAACAAUGAAUAAUAUUUUUCAGGAUUAUCGGGAAGACGAUAUACGGGAGAAAGCAGUGAAUGUUCAUCGUUGGUCGGCACACCUACAGAUACUGGUAGAUCAUUCACUUUUUGGAGCUGCACAGCGUGUUAUGAGAGAAAGGUUUGCAGAACAUAAAAGCAUGUAUUUUAAGAGAAAAAACAUGUGAUAGAUUCGAUUUGCUUCUAUGAAUGUCUGAUGUCAUUUUUGAGCUGUGAGGAAAUGUAAAAUAAUUUUUGAAAAAUAGUUGAUGAAUUUAUUGAUGACGUAGGAUGUUUGGAGCGGAAAAUCUGAAAACGAAUUGCCACGUCAUGAUUUUUCUGAAAUUUGAAUUUAACAAGAUAUACUCAAAACCGUGGACUGAUUUUGAAAAUCUAAAAAUUGAUAACAAGGAUAUGGAAAAUCUUAUUCUUGAAAUAAUUUGAUUAAAGAAUACUUGAAAAUUUUGAAUUUUGAUAUUGGUUUUUUAAAUUUCUUUAAAAAAUCAAUAUUCCCAAAGUUACCAUGAUUUGAAAUAUUUAUGAACAUCCUGAUUUCCUAAAAUCCAUUCUAUACACUUUAUUUUUCAACAUUUGCAAUAUCCGGGGAAAAAAACAAAAAAAUGUUUUUAAAUGAACUAAUAAAAAAAAUUGAGGUUUUUUUUUGGAAAUCAUCGAAAUCGAUACAAAACUUGAUACAUUUUUCCGAGCAUUUAAAAACUCAAAAAUCAUUUUUGAAAAAAAAAUAAAAAUUUAUAAUCUUCAAUUCUCUAAUUCAUAGGGAAAACUAUUUAUGCAUACCUAAAACACAAGAUGAAAAAAAUUUCUCCAUUUUUUUCGUUCAUUUUUUCCGUGUUCAUUUUCAUGUUCAUGUUCGAAAUCUGACACGUCGAACAAAAAAAAAUCUAAUUAACAUAUAUACAUGUAUAUGUGACACACAACACAUCCUAGAAGCCGAAAAUUUUAUUAUUUUAUUCACAUGUCAAAAUCGUUUUUGAAGCAAAUCACAAUGUUGCAUUUUUAAAUAUAAAUAUUUGUUAUUAUUAUUUCAUUUAUUCCUAUUUUCAGAGAUGA